AUGGUGUUGUCUGUACUGGGAAAAAUUAUCAUCUCCUGUGAGUGCCGGGAGGAGGCAGCACCAGCGAGACCACUCCACCGGCGACCAUACCUGACGGCUCUCAGCAACAUCACUAACGUUUCAGGAUGAUUGUGGCCAGGCUUAUUCCCGAGGUGAAGGCCCUUCAGACAGCAGUGCGUCGUAAUUAUGGAGCAUCUGCUGUACUCCUAAAGAAAGCCUCUGACCCCAUCCAGCAGCUCUUUUUGGACAAGAUUCAAGAUUACACCAAGAAAAGCUCGGCUGCUGGUGGUAAACUAGUAGAUGCAACCCCAGAUAUUGAGAGGCAGCUACAGCAGGAGCUAGAUAAAGUUGCUCGUCAGUAUGGUGGUGGUCCAGGGGUAGAUAUGACCAAAUUCCCUGAAUUCAAGUUUGAAGAACCCAAGAUUGAUCCAGUUGUAUAAAUUAUCUGCACUUCUUCCCACAUUGUAUAAAGCCUCUUUGUAUAAGAAAAUGUCAACACCAUAUUGAUUUAUGUUAAUAAACCUAAUGUAGAUUUU